AUGAGCUUGCUUUGGAUCACAGGAUUGUGUGUUACUGCCCUAGUGGUUGUGAGGCUUAGCCAUUGGUGGUACCGAUGGUCAAACCCCAAGUCUAAUGGCAAGUUACCUCCGGGAUCAAUGGGUUUCCCCAUAAUCGGAGAGACGUUCGAUUUUUUUAAGCCUUAUGGAUUCUACGGGAUCUCCCCGUUUCUCAAGCAGAAGAUGUUAAGGCAUGGGCCUUUGUUUCGGACUAGCAUUCUUGGUGUUAAGACCGUGAUUUCUACGGAUAUGGAUGUGAACUUAGAUAUUUUACGACAAGAGAACAAGUAUUUUAAUUUAAGUUAUCCAGAUGGUUUAGUGAGGCCAUUGGGAAAAGAGAGUUUGUUCUUUAAGACAGGAAACAUCCACAAGAAAAUCAAACAAAUUUGUAUGCGUCUUUUGGGCUCAGAGAAUUUGAAGCGCAAGAUAAUAAACGAUAUGGAUCGCGUGACAUGCGACCAUCUUCGUUUGAAGGCAGGCCAAGAAAGAUUCGACCUCAGGGACCUAGUUUCAAGUUUGAUAACAAUACACUUGACACCAAAAGUGAUAAGUGGUCUCAAACCAGAGACUCAAUCAAUGCUUAUGGAAAGCUUCAAAGCCUUCAGUUUUGAUUGGUUUAGAACAUCCUAUAUUCUCUCUGCAGGGAGGGGUCUCUACAAUACUCUUUGGGCAUGCAGACAGGGGAUGAAGUUGAUAAAGGAUAUUUACACGAGGAGAAAAACAUCAAGAGAGAAGUACGAUGACUUCCUCGAGACAACGUUAGAAGAGUUAGAGAAAGAAGGAAGCUCAGUGAACGAAGAUGUGCUUGUAAGCCUCAUCUUCACUCUUUCAUGUAUCACUAAAGAUACCACCUCUAAAGCCACUUGCAUGGCUGUGAAAUUCAUAUCGGAAAACCCAAAAGUUCUCGCAGAGUUGAAGAGAGAGCAUGAGGCAAUCCUUGCGAACAGAGAAGAUAAAGAAGGUGGAGUUACUUGGGAAGAAUACAGACACAAGAUGACUUUCACCAACAUGGUUAUCCACGAGUCACUUCGAAUGACAAAUUUGGCUCCUAUGAUGUUUAGAAAAGUGGUGAAAGAUGUGGAAAUAAAAGGAUAUACGAUUCCAGCAGGUUGGAUAGUGAUGGUUAUACCUUCGGUGGUUCAUUUUGAUCCUGAAAUAUAUGAAAAUCCAUUUGAGUUUAAUCCGUGGAGAUGGGAGGGGAAGGAAUUGCGGUCUGGGUCUAAAACGUUCAUGGUGUUUGGAGCAGGAACCAGACAAUGCGCUGGUUCAGAGUUUGCAAGGCUUCAGAUUUCACUAUUCAUUCAUCAUCUUGUCACCACUUAUGAUUUCUCUUUAUCCAAAGACUGCGAGGUGAUUCGUGUACCAGGUGCUCACUUCCCCAAUGGCAUCUUUAUGAACAUCUCCAAACGUUCCAAGUGA